AUUUUCUCAAAACCCAUUUCAAUUUUUCAUUCAGAGUUUCACUUUUCUUCUUCUUCUUCUUCCUGCUGUCACAUAAAAAGAAGCAGUACUGAUACGAUCUCCUUUCUUUCUUUACUAAGCUAAGAUCAUACCAAAAGAUUUUCCCUUUCCCUCCCUCUAUCAACCCUGAACCAACCCCUACUACUGCAACUUCACUUCUCUUUCCCUUUUUUCCUUCUACACUCUGCCCUUCUUCUUUCCUCUUCUCUGCAACUGCAAUCAAAGCAAACGUCUCAGCAGCAAGCAACCCAUCACAACACCAGAAGCAUUUAUCCAUGCUUCACUUGCUCAUUUAUUGUUUGCUUGAUAUCUCUCUCACCUACUAAUCUUCCUCGAGCUCUUCAACAGUGAAGUCUCCCAUCCCACCAUAGCCCAUAGCCCCAUUUCUUCUCGUAUCUUCUUACCUCUGAUUGCUGGUUCAGAAAACCGAAAUCUUCACUUCACUUCACUUUCGUGUUUUGGUUCUUUCUUUUACUCUGAGAAACAGAGCGAAAAAAAGCAUCUUUAUUACAUCACAAACACAGAAACACAAAAACAGAGCACCCCUGCUCUGUUUUCUGUUCCUUUUUUCCGCUACUCUGAAGAUGCAAAGCUUCAGGGCUACAGCGUCAUCAUCCCACCAUCAUUAUCAUCACCAUCAUCACGAUACCAUUCCUUCUACUGUUUUCCAUACCUCUGAAAUGUACUGCAACUCCCCUGUUCCGCCACCUCCUUACUUUUUCCGAGGAGGAGGAGGAGGAGAAGAAGAUGAAGACUGUAGAAGCCAAACCCGGUUUGGUGACCUUGGGGAGCUUGAUCAUCCCCAACCAACAACAACCCACUCUCUCCCCCCACCUCCUUCUGCUUUCCAACACCACCAUGCUGUUGAUUUAAGCCCAAGCUCCAUGUUCAGUACAAAAUCAGGAAACAAUGUCGCCCUCGCCCAUGGAAGCAACAGCAGUUUACAUUUCGCUUCGCCAUUGAUUACGACUGGGAUCGGAGAGGUUGCAGCGGCAGGGUGUUUGGACACAGGGCAAUACCUGUACGGGAGAGCGACAUUGUUGGGGAACGAGCAGCAGAAUAACAACAACAAUAGCAACAACAGUAGUAGGUGUGGUGGUAAUCUCGAGAAGUGGGGGGAUUCAAUUUCAACCUCGACUGGGAUGGGUGCAGGAGGAGGAGGAGGAGAUACGAGCCAGCAGACUACUGACACUUCCACAGAUGUCGAUACUGAUGAAAGAAACCAAUUUCACCACCAGCAGCAGCAGCAGAUUGGUGAUGGUGGCCAACAUGGCUCAAUUUUGGUGGUUGAUUCCAUGGAUCAAUCCAAGGGCAAAAUCGAUGACCAAAAGGUUUCUACUUUUCUUGAGCUGUCAAUUUGUUCAUUUUCUCAACAGAGUCUUCGAAGGUUGGCUCAGAACCGGGAAGCAGCCAGAAAGAGUCGCCUGAGGAAGAAGGCUUAUGUCCAGCAGCUUGAGAACAGUCGCUUAAGGCUUACCCAACUCGAACAAGAACUACAACGUGCGCGCCAACAGGGAAUUUUCGCCGCCUCCACAGGUGCAUCGGUGGACUACCAUGGCCACUCAGUAUCAGGAAAUGGAGGCGGUGGUGCGAUGGCAUUCGACAUGGAAUACGCACGAUGGAUCGACGAGCAUCAGAGGCUGAUCAACGAGUUGAGAACCGCCGUGAACUCCCAGAUGGGCGACAACGAGCUCCGCAUUCUAGUCGACGGCGUCAUGGAUCACUACGACGAGAUAUUCAGGCUGAAGAGCAUCGCGGCCAAGGCCGAUGUUUUCCACAUGCUCUCCGGCAUGUGGAAGACUCCGGCCGAGAGGUGCUUCAUGUGGUUGGGUGGAUUCCGCUCUUCUGAACUACUCAAGAUACUAGGGAACCAGCUGGAGCCGUUGACGGAUCAGCAGCUAGUGGGGAUAUGCAAUCUGCAGCAAUCAUCUCAGCAGGCCGAAGAUGCUUUGUCGCAAGGGAUGGAAGCCUUGCAGCAAUCCCUUGUCGACACGCUCUCUUCAUCGUCCCUGCGACCAGCAGGCACUGGUAAUGUGGCGGAUUACAUGGGCCAGAUGGCCAUUGCUAUGGGCAAGCUCGCCACGCUGGAGAAUUUCCUUCACCAGGCUGAUCUUCUGCGGCAGCAGACUCUGCAGCAGCUGCAUCGAAUCCUGACGACUCGGCAGGCUGCUCGCGCCUUGCUCGUCAUCAGCGACUACACCUCUCGGUUAAGAGCACUGAGUUCUCUAUGGAUGGCACGACCAAGAGAUUGAUAGGUUCAUAAAAAAAAGAACGUUUUGGUGUGUGGGGGGAAAUGAUGGGACAACUGGUUUUUGGAUUCCUCUCAGAUUUUGUUUCUGUUGUCAUUUCUCCAGUUGUCUGGAUAUGUUUAGUACAAGAGAAGAUUACUGUAGAAUUUGCAGGCCGAACACUUAUAAUGCACUAAUGUAGUGUAGGUUGAAUGACAAUUUACACUAAUUUACGGACGAAAUUGACGCUCUUGUUAUUGAGAU